CCCCGCUUAGGUGUCUGGGGUGAUAGGUUGACGCUCUGCUAAGAGUCGCGGGCGCUUCUUACUCCCUCCAACUUUACAUCUAAGGGUGGACACCCCUUCGUUUUCCUUCUAUAGACGUGGGGAGUGGCCCUCAAGGGCAGCUGAAAGAACGGAAUGCCUGGCACACUAAUGUCCUGGAAAGGAAGCAUGGGGGAUGGGAGACAGUUGCUUUUUCCUUCCCCUUUCCAAAUCUCCUUUAGUUUCCUUCCAGGUCUUCGUGUCCCAUUUCAGCGCUAAAUGUUGGGAGACUGGGGUCUGUCCUCGGAAAGAAACAGCCUUUCUCUUUAUAGGUUUGGAUCGUCUUUAUCCCUUUCAGGGAACUGGUGUGUUGGGGACGGCUUCUCUGCCUUGCCUGACAUGGUCCAGUCAUCCCGUCAGCCUUCUGGACGGCAACACCAAAGCUGGGACCAAAAAAAAGUUCCAGUUUAAGUGCUAAUGCCCAAAGUGUUAGAUCUUGUUUGCUUGUUUGUUUUAAAUCAGAGACUAAUUAAUGUCAAGCAAAUCUGUUAAAAGAUUUGAUCACGGGAAGCCUGGUCGGUUUCCAGUGACCAGGUCAAUUCCAUAUCUGAAAUUGGUCUUAUUAGAGUUGCUGCCAAAACCAGUUUAACCUUUAAUCUGUAAUAUGUUGUUUCAAAGAGGAAUCUGGGUUAGGCUGUCUUUUUUUGUUGUUGUUCUCCUAUCUUUGAAACACAUGCAUUCCAUUUCAAGCCUGUCCCUGUGCGAUAUACCAAGAACCAUGCGUUGCCUGCCUCUCUGACUUCCUGCUCUGGAAAUGCUCAGGAAUCUGGAUCCUGCUGGGGCAUGGGCCCUGUGGGAGGGCAAGUGGGGGAGGGGAGGAUAAACAGGAUCAUUCCCAGGGAAGAUGGUGACAACAUGUCUCUGGGGCAUAUAGAGGAAGUCAGAGGUCACCAAGGGAAAAGAGAUUGUUGUUUGACUAGUGUUUUGUGUAUGUGCAUGAGUGCACACGUUUAAAUCUCUGGUGGGGGCGCGGGGGAGAGGGAGUUAACUGCAAAUUCAGAAUCUCCCUUUGGGGUGUUGGCUCCUGAGGAGAUACACAUUUCAAAAUAGAUAUCUAGUAAAUGACUCACAGCAGACCUGCUCCCCGAUCCAACAGUUAUCUGUUGCCCAAGCUCAAGGAACUUGCCCCUGCCCUUCCCUGACAGCAGACAUUCCUUCGUUCACUGACAAUGCAAAUAUUCCACAGAUAAAGGUAACAGUGUCACAUAGCACCCUGUACCCCUAAAAGUCAUGGUACCUAAACCUGCCACCUCUGGACUUCAGCUGGUUAGGCUAAGAAACUUAACAUCCUGGAGCAUUAGUCUCAAGGGUCUCUCACCUGUUGCUGGAGUCCCACAGAGCCAUUCUCAACUCCUUCCCAAUUGAUCUGCUCUGUCCUUGGCCUUGUGGGGGGCAAAAUCUUCUGGGAGCAAUGACAGUUUAGGCAAAGGGGGCAUUCAGCACUGUGACUAAGGGCUGUGCAAUAAAAUACUAGGCAUUUUCAAUUCUUCCCAUUGCUCUCUAUCAGAAUAAAAUGUUUAAUGGUAUAGUUUGUGGAAAAAAUUUUAUAAACAAGGUGUGUUUGGACCAUCUAAGCAUUGCUUGGCAUUGCACUGGAUGGAAAGUGAAUGCAUUGUCUUCUCUGGUGGGUUGUUUGCUGCCAGAACAUGAGGUUUUGUGGGUGGAGGAUGCAAACGGGGAGUGGACAUUGCACAUUGAAGCCCACACAUGCAGGUGCAGGCCACCAGGGCAGCCCUUGCCUGGAAAUCUGUCAUCUCACCUUGUCACACUCACAACCCUGCUGAUGGAUGGAUGGAGGAAAAGGGCUUUGCCAAGAUGAUAUGGAAAACUCUGGGGCUACAAGCAGCCUCUUGUCUUCUAAGUGGGGGCACAGGAGGUGCUGUGUCCAGAGCAGCCAGCUCUUACCAUGCUGCUUUGGUCCACCUCCCUGAAAUCUACCUUGUCCCUUGGGCUAAGGUUAGAGCAUCAGGGGCAGUGGGGCUAUGGGCAUACCCCUCAAAAGCUCCAAAGGGAGGGUUAGCCUUCAUUGAGAACACAUGUUGGUAUGUUCAUGAUUCUGUGGGUUUAGUGUGGAAAACCACAGAAACUCCCAGUUCUGAGGCCUGCCAAGAUAGGGGUUCAGAAGGGAGGAGGUGUGGGCAUUGCCUGCUGAUGAGUCACACUGGGGUGAGAGGAGACCUGCCUCACCUUCAGGCUAUGGUAGCAGCUAUAGCCACCCAGCCUAAGAAGGAUGAAGUCUCAGAUUGCACAUCCUCUCCGAGUCCUGAUGAGUCCUGAUUGCCACUGCGACGACAGUUUCUAGCAUGUUAGGGUUCACUGGCAUCUCAGAGGCCUUCUUAGAGAGGGAAACUGAAGAUGAAGGGUAUAAGGUGACAUGUCCAGGUUCCCUAGGCUGAUUGAUGGCAAAGCCAAGACCAGAACUGGAAUCUGCACCUCCCGACCCCUAUAAUUCUCUGAUACCGAAUGAAGUUUUAGAUGCCUUUAGAGGUGCUGGUGACUGGGGGGCUUGCUUAGGGGAAGGAAACAUGGUCAGGCUUAAGGGGGCAAGGUACUUUGUGCUCCAGAAGUAUUUGUGACAGCUGUGACUAAGGGAUUCGAAGAAGUGGCAGGAAGAGAGAUUUAUGGCCCUCCAACUCCCUCCCUUGGUGUUGACCCAGCAACAGGUGUGUGGUGACAGGGACACAUAAAGCCAGACAAGGCUGAACAGGCGGCAGGGCCAUUUGGUGAGACAGUCAGCUGACCCUGUGUAGAAAGAGCCCUGACUCACUGGGGAGUGGGAGAGGAAGACAAGUCCGAGGCCGAGCAGCCAGCCCACUGCCUACCCUGACAUGAUGGCAGGGGAGAGCCCAGGGCCAGGGACCUGGAUCCCUGCUGCCUUGGUGAUCCCGGGCUGACAGCCAGAGAGCACAGCGGCUCAGCUCCUGGAGAGUGAGGGUUGAAGAAAGCGGAGGGCAGCCGCCUGCGCCCGCUGGCUCCCAUUAGGUCGGUUCCUGCAGCGGUGCCCGGCAGCCUUGGUGAAGGCCCUGCCCGGCAGAGAUCAUGUAUUGCCUCCAGUGGCUGCUGCCCGUCCUCCUCAUCCCCAAGCCCCUCAACCCCGCCCUGUGGUUCAGCCACUCCAUGUUCAUGGGCUUCUACCUGCUCAGCUUCCUCCUGGAACGGAAGCCUUGCACAAUUUGUGCCUUGGUUUUCCUGGCAGCGCUUUUCCUUAUCUGCUAUAGCUGCUGGGGAAACUGUUUCCUGUACCACUGCUCCGAUUCACCGCUUCCAGAAUCGGCGCAUGAUCCCGGCGUUGUGGGCACCUAACGGCCUGCCCUGUUAGCUUUUCAAGGAAGCAGAAGACGGGAGGGGAGGCAUUGACAUAGGUCAUAAAGCAUUGGAGUUUCAAAUCCCGCAGCCUCGCGGGUGUCACAUUCCUGACGGCGCCUUUUUGGCCUGUGAUGUUUUAUCCUUAUAAUGUGAAUAAUGGCACUGACCGGUGCUUUUAUUGUAAAGUCCUAUAGUCGUGGGUGGUCUUGUGGUUGUGUGUGUUCUGUCCCCAUCUAGGUCCUGGCUGGCCGCAUGACCACCCCCCUCGCCUCAUUACUGCGAGGAGUCUGGGCCCAUCCUGGUCAACCGCCCCAAUGUGACCUGGGGCAGAUAAAAUGCCAGUCUCAUUGUCACCUCUGUGAUCCCUCCUUGUCAGGGUCUCCUUCCUUCCCAGAAUGUUACUGACUCAGUCCCUCUCCUGGUUUCCCUUUACUUCUCUUCUACCCUUUUCCUUUUUUUGGGGGAGUACCUGUCCAAGACAGGGCUCAUUUUUGCACUUAUCUCAAAUUUGAAGAGAUUGCUGACGCCCGAGAGCCUCGCUUUUUCAUCCUUCUUUCCUUGUUCAGCAGGCUAGACAGAAACAUGUCUUGACUGUUUGUUGUCCACAAAUCUUCAGUAUUUUCUCCGCUUCAUUUUUAAGAAAGGAAGCAACAGAUAGAUGUUGCUCUUUCACCUGGGUGUCUGGGCUCAUGCUUUCCUGCCCAGCCUCACUUCCUUUGCCCUUCCUCCUGCCUUUCUCAACUGUUCCAAGGAGGGGGGCCUCAUUGUGUCUCCCGUGCAUGCUCUGCAGCAUUGAAGUAUGGUGUGUUCACGUAGUUCUAGCAGUCCCCAGCUGAGUGAGUGGGAGAGUACCUGUGUUUCAUAACAGCCAUGAUCCCCUUGAUAGAUGUUUGGAUAUUUUUUGGUGUGCCCUGUGCGUGUGUGUGUGUACAAAUACAUGUGUAUAUUCCUUUUAAAGAAGCUUUAUCGAACAUGUUCUGAUUUUGAGGUUUAGCAAUAGCUAGCUAUAUAUGGUAGGUGCCGCUACAGUUUUUAUUUAGCAUGGGGAUUGCAGAGUGACCAGCACACUGGACUCCGAGGUGAUUCAGACAAGACAGGGGAGCAGUGGCCAUCAUCCUCCCGCCAGGGGCUUCUCCGUUCCUGCGCAUAUAGACUGUACAUUAUGAAGAAUACCCAGGAAGACUGUGUGACUGUCACUUGCUGCUUUUUCUGCGCUUCAGUAACAAGUGUUGGCAAACGAGACUUUCUCCUGGCCCCUGCCUACUGGAGAUCAGCAUGCCUGUCCUUUCAAUCUGAUCCAUCCAUCUCUGUCUUGCCUGAGGAGAAAGAGAGAUGGGCCAGGCAGAGAACAGAACUGGAGGCAGUUCAUCUAGGGAAUGGGACUGUGAGGCCAUACUUGUGAAACGUUUGGACUGCUAUUCUAGAGCUUUUAUUUGGUGUGUUCGUUGCACAGCUGUUUGAAAUGUUUAAUAAAGCUUUAUAAACUUUA